AUGACGGAGCCCAAGAAAUUGGACUAUGGGUAUAUUGGGUUGAGGUUUCGAGAUGUCAGCGUUCUUGCCCUCCGUAGUGAUAAAGAGGAUAAUCCUGAUCAGUACCCUGUUGACUUGUUGAAACUAACUGCCUGCUUCUUUAUUCGUCCCAGCAACGAGGCGAAUAACGUCUUCUGUGCGAUCUACUUAUCAGAACGCACUGCCGAAGAUAUGAAGAGGGAGAUCUGUGAGAAGUAUCACAUUGAACCGUCAAAAAUUGUGCGCUUAUUGCGCAUCAUCAACGAUGAUUUGAAGGUUAUAAUCGACGAAGAUAUUGUUCGUGAGCUCCCGGAGGGCCAAACUAUGAUCGUCGAUAUUUGCGAAACAACCAGUGUUGUUGAUGGAGACUCUUGUUUGAAGGAGAUUCGGUUGAAGUAUUGA